CAUAUACAUAAACAAACUUACAUAUAGCGUGAGAAAGAGAUAAAUCUAGAUAGAGGAAGCUUGAAAAACAAAUGGAAGGGAUAGACAACACACACUCGAUGUUAACACUAGAAGAAGGCGAAAACAACCCUUUUUCUUCUUUUGACGACAAACAGUUGGUUCCUUCCUUAAUGUUUUCCGGCGAUAUGGGCACAUCUUCUUGUUCUCCAGCGAGUUUUCAUAUGUCUUCUCAGCCAGAGAACUUUCAAGGCGGAAGAGGAGGAGAGCCGAUGGAGAUGGGAGGAUUAAAUGAUCACAAUAAUAAAGGGAAAGGCAAGAUAUCGUCGGCCUUGCAGAGAAUUGCGUUUCAUACGAGGAGUGAUGAUGAUGUUCUUGAUGAUGGUUAUCGGUGGAAAAAAUACGGUCAAAAAUCUGUCAAAAACAAUGCUCAUCCCAGGAGCUAUUACAGAUGCACGUACCAUACAUGCAACGUGAAGAAACAAGUGCAAAGGUUGGCAAAAGAUCCAAAAGUUGUCGUAACAACCUACGAAGGUGUUCACAAUCAUCCUUGUGAGAAGCUCAUGGAGACUCUUAGUCCUCUCCUUCGGCAACUUCAGUUCCUCACCAGAGUUUCUGAUUUGUAAAUGUAAUUUAGUUGUGUAACUAUGCAUAUUAAUCAUUAUUUCAUCACUCCAUUGACAAAA